GUUUUCGACGCGAAAAUUUGUCCGAUUUUCUUAUUUAAUUUUGGAGAAAAUUUUUUGUUUUUUUAUUCUAUUUAGUAAUUAAUUAAAUUGUCGCUAAUUUUUUCUAUUCUUUUUGUUGGCAUUACUUUACUUUCCAAUAAUGAAUGCAAUCGAAGAUGAUCCGGACAUUGAUGAAACCAUUGCUGAGAGACUUUAUGGUUUAACCGAAAUGUUCCCUGAGUGUGUUCGAAAUGCAUCUUAUUCCGUUUUCGAUGGUACAAUUAGAGCAGUGAAAGCUACUUAUCAGUUUAGUCGGUCAUCUGUUUGGGUUACAUUUACUUCUAGUAUUGUUCUGUUUGGACCUAUUUGGGUGGAAAUUGAAAGGUCAACAAUAGAGAAAGAAUUACAGAGACAGUUACUACUUGGACCGCGUGGUUGAAGACCGGCUUUAGAUUUGUUGUUUCACCUUCAUCAACAAUCACCAUCAAUGUCAAACCUUCAGAUUAAAUUAAUUACAACAAAAAGAAUAGUCUAAUAAUUAAAGAAAUUUUCAUACAAA